AUGUCGCUGGGCCUGCUGUCUGCACGGCACACCGAGGAGCCCCAGCUGGUCCUGGCCAGCCCCAGCGAGUGUCUUCGCAGGGACCUAGGUGUGACUGGGGGCUGGGCCCACCCGCCCCAGCAUGAGCCCUUCGUGCUGUGCCACUCUCUGAACGAGAGCCCAGAAGCAGUGAGAAUCUUUGAGGAUUUCGUGAAGAGCAAAGAAACAGACCCUGCAGACGUUGUCCACCCGCCCCACACUGGCUCCAAGUCGAGUUCCUCUACCUUCACACUCUCUGGAGCUCUGAGCCACCACCACCACCACCACACCACCACCACCAUGAAGGGUCUUCUGCUCACCCUGGGCCUUGCCCUCAUCUGUGGCAUCCAGGCAACUGUUAUCCCCCAAAUCCAGCAGGACUUGGAUCCCGCCAAGGUGGAGGGCAUCUGGUACACCAUGGCAAUGGCGGCCAACAAAGCGGCCCUCCUGGAGACGGAGAGCGCCUCUCUGAGACUGUACGUCCAGAAGCUCCAGCCCACUGCUGACGGCAACAUGGAGAUCAUCCUGCACAAGAGGGUUAAUGACGCCUGCGUGGAGAUGACCAUCAUUGCCCAGAAGACCGAGGACCCUGCUGUGUUCACUGUGGACUACCUGGGUCUGAAGGACAUCAUUGUGCUGGAUACAAACUACAACAGCUACCUCUUCUUCUGUCUGAAGACUCCCACGGCCACUGAGGAGCAGAGUAUGAUGUGCCAGUAUCUGGCCAGGACCUUGGAGAUGGACACACAGGUCAUGGGAAAGUUCCACCAGGUUCUCAACAAGCUCCCAGUGCACAUGAGCAUCUUCCUUGACCUGAUCGGGAAGGAGGGCAGUGCACAGGGGCUGACCCUGCACGUGGAGGCCUGGACCCUGUGGCCCCAGAAAGCCAGGCUGGCUGGCUUCUAG